CAUAUCUCAGACAUGUCAGGACACUCUGCCUUGCUCAUCGGCGCAACUGGCGCGACUGGAAAGCACCUCCUGCGCGAGCUGCUCACCUCGUCGUACUUCACGCGUGUAGCCGAGGCUGGAAGGCGCGUGACGCCCAAGGAGCAGCUCCCGAGUGGGACGGAGGCGAAGCUACAGCAGAUCGUGGUCGACUUUGAGAAGAUCGGCGAGGCGGGGCUGAAGGAUGGCAAGUGGGACGUUGUAUUCAUUACGUUGGGUACAACCGCCAAAGCUGCUGGCUCCAAGGCUGCCUUUGAGACGAUUGAUAGAGAGUACGUUGUCAAUGCCGCCAAAGCGGCGCGCGUGGAGGAUGCGGACCAGCGCCUCAUAUACGUCUCUUCGAACUCCGCAAACCCGAAAUCCCUCGCGACCUAUGUGCGGAGCAAAGGUCUGACCGAACAGGCGCUCGCGGAGAUCGGCUACUCCGAUACUAUCGUCUACCGCCCAGGCUUCUUGAAAGGCGCCGAACGUCCCGACUUCCGAUUCCUUGAGAGUGUAUUCUCGCCUGUCUCAUCACUAUUAUCAUAUGUUUCGGACAAUAUCGAGAUCGACGUCUCCGUCCUCGCAAAAAGCAUACGCAUCAGCGGGCAGCUCGGUUCCGCAAAUCUGCCAGCUGCCGCAGCGGCAACCCAACAGUCUUGGGGAGGCAAGCCGUUCACCACUAUCGGCAACAAGGGCUCUCUAUAUUUGGCCAAGGAGAACGUAUGA